AUGAGCCGCAACGACAACGCCCACAGCCCCGUGUUCCCGGACUGCCAGUCCUACGACGACAUCCACGUGACGGAGAACGUGACGGCUGGCAGCCCCGUCCUCCUGCGCCUGGACCGUGACGGCGAGGACAAAGAGUUCUUCCUGACGGUCAUCGCGAAGGACAGUGGCUUGCAGCCCCGCCAGACGUCGUGUUCCUUCAGGGUCGUGGUGGAGGACGUUAACGACAACCCGCCCGUGUUUGACCUGCCGCGGUACGAGCAGACGCUGGCCACAGACCACAACCCGGCCACCCCGGUGCUCAGGGUCUCCGCCUCUGACCGGGACACAGGUGAGAAUGCAAGAAUCAAUUACCACCUUGAGGGGCACCCGAACCACCUGGAGUUCUUCUACCUAGAGCCUCUGACAGGCGUUCUCACCCUAAAGCGACCUCUUCAACCGACUAUGGUGAGUACUGCAAGGGCGGCGGACGAAGAGGGAGGAGGGAGAUAAGGGUGACGGUUCAUGGGAGGCGGCCUGAGAACGGAGGUGAAGAGAGAAGGAGAGGAUGAUGGAUGG